GACAAAAUUUUUAUUAGGUUUUCAACCUGCUUGAUAAAAAUACGUGCGUGUGGCGAAGAAGGAAUAAAGUGGCUGCGACGGAGAAAUUCGCUAUGAAAAGGAAUUAAAAGUGGUGUGUGGAGGAUAUAUUUGGACAUAGUGCACGAAGAUGCUAAAGCACAAUCAAGUUUUGAGCUCGUCACAGCUCAAAAGACUGGAGAAUCACAAAUAUUCCUGCGUUUCGGCCAGUCUUCUCGAUCCUAUUCUGCAGCCGUGGUGGAACUUCCUCUUACGCAGCAUUCCCACCUGGUUGGCACCCAAUCUCAUCACUAUUGUGGGGCUCUUUGUAAACAUUGUAACUGCCCUGGUGCUCAUAUUGUAUAGUCCCGAUGCAAAGGGUGACCCACCAGGAUGGGCAUGCUUCCUAUGUGCUGCUGGACUAUUUGCCUACCAGAGUCUCGAUGCCAUUGAUGGGAAACAAGCCCGGAGGACAAAUACAUCUACCCCAUUGGGAGAGCUUUUUGAUCACGGAUGCGACUCUAUCUCCACCGUUUUUGUUGCCCUGUCGGCGUGCAUCUCUGUCCAGAUUGGGCAUCAUCCCUACUGGAUGUUCUUUCAAUGCUUCUGUGCAAUGACACUCUUCUACUGUGCCCAUUGGCAAACCUAUGUCUCCGGUACCCUCAGGUUCGGAAAGAUUGACGUCACGGAGGCACAAGUGAUCAUCAUGGGGAUUCAUGUGAUAUCGGGCAUCUUUGGAGCGUCCAUCUGGAAGUCAAAGAUUGGUGGCAUUGAGGUGUGGUACGUUGUGGCGUGUUCCACAAUAGUCCUAGGCUCAAUGUCCCUUCUGCAGAUUUUCUCAGUGAUUCUUGCCGGUGGUGUGGGAAAGAAUGGUUCAACAGUUGCUGGUACCAGUGUAUUGUCACCCAUUAUCCCCUUCUCGAUGAUUCUUGUGCCGGCCUUCAUAAUCUCCCAGAAAUCCACCGAGGACGUCUUUGAGACGUACCCAUCACUGUAUAUCGUGACAUUCGGCAUGGUGGCGGCCAAGGUUACAAAUCGCCUCGUCGUGGCGCACAUGACAAAAAGUGAAUUGGAAUAUCUCGAUUGGGGACUCAUAGGACCUCUAAUGCUCUUCCUCAAUCAAUACUUUAACAACUUCCUACCCGAAAGGAUUGUCCUAUUCGGGGCGACGGCGUGGUGCACUUUCGACCUCUUCAAGUAUUGCUCGCAAGUCUGCGUGGAGAUUUGCAAUCACCUCAAUAUAAAGUUGUUUAAGAUAACACCUCAGCUCCAUGGGGCAGCGGCCAGUGGGUCAUCUGGGGGCAAGGAAGAGCACAACAAUGGGGCAAAUCAUGUGCAUAGCGCAUCGCAGCAGCAUCGAAAGCAAAAUCGCGUAAGUCGGAGGAACAAUAAUUGAGAUUUCUUUUCAACACCUGCGCAGAAAAUCUAUUGCGAUCCUCUCACACCUCUGUGCGUAUGAAGAUUUAUUUUAUUUGAUUUAUUUUUUUCCUGUUUGAUGCCUCACCCCGUUCCUUGUCACAGACGGGAGGAAAGGCUGAAAGACAUACAACAUCAACAACAAAGAGUCAGAAAAUAUGAAAACCAAUUAUAAGGUUACAGAGAAAGGGUUUUGAAAGAAAUGUUUGUGGAUAAAAAAAGGUGAUGAGAAAAAAAGACAAGUGUUUCAUUUUGCAUGUAUAUUUUCUCUUCAAUUUAUUUUCUCCUUUUUCUUCGAUCUUUCGGAUUAUUUUACAAAAAUUGCAGCUUACGUUAUUUUCUGUUUUUUUUUGUCAACAAUAAUUUAAAUUUUAUUGCUCAUUUUAUAUAUUUUUUCUCUCAUAAAUGUUUAUUUUCAACAGUACUAAUUUUCUCUCUCGUUUUUUUUUAUUUCAUUAUUUUCCACAUUUUUUUCUACAAAACAAAGUCAUUUCGAGUUUAAUUAUUCUUUUGCGUUGGAGACGUGUUGUGCCAACUUUUUUAAUCCUAUUUUAGGAAGUUGAGCCAACAUAGAGCUACAAGUAUCUUCAUUUUUAGUUCACUUUUUAUAUUUUCUUCGUGCUCAAUUUAAGAAGACAUAUACUUAAAAAAAGAUAAUAUCAAAUAAAUAUAUUUACAAAUACCUGAGAAGUUUCUAAUAAUCUUCUUUUAUUUUCAUCUACAUCUUUUUUUUCUUUUCAAUUAAAAGAAAAAGAAAAAAAUCUACAUUUCUAUUGGGAAUACCUAUAGGCAUAAUAUUCUAUAUAUUGCUAAUUCUUUUGCUGUACUUUUUUGUGAGUCUACGAGGAAUUGGAGGGACAUUUUUCUUUAUUGUCCUUCUAAUUAAAAAAAAUGAUAAAAUGUGACUGACUGUAGAAACUUCCUCCUCUUGUUCAUCACUAUAGUUAUAUCGUGAAAGCCUCUCUGAGGGAAAUUUUAAUAUUAUGUGUUUUAAUGCUAAUGUUUUGUUUUCUAAGUUUUCUUUUUCCUUAAGAAUCUUGCAAUUUUACAUUUUUUUUAAAUGCAUUUAAUAAAAUCUAAAAGAUAAAUAGCUUGUGAUUCGCAAAAUUUGUUUUUUUUUUAGAGCAAAGAGUAUUCAUUAUUAUUCGCAUUCUCUAGUUUAUGAGGCGUGUAGUAUUCAAUGAAGCCAAUCCUUCAAUGUCAUCUGGACAUUUGUUACUUAAUCCAUUUCCAAUGCAUUAUAGAAUGAAUUUAUCAGAUACUAGAGAAAGUAUAACUCUAACUUAAUAUAGGUACUAGUUCAUUUUAAGCUGUAAUUCUUUUAUACCUGUUUUGUCCUCUUUUUUUAUUAAAUGUUCGAGAAAAGUGAGAAAUUUAUACAUAAAAUGCACAUCUCUGGUAACAUUUUCCAUUCUUUCUAACAAUCUUGCUUUUCAGUAAAAUAUUUUAAUUCUCUCAAAUUAAAAAAAAAUCUGUUCGCACGAUAAGACUCACGGAGAAAGUAACUAAGUAUCUAUAUAUUUUCAUAUAUUUAUAAACCACUAUUAUGUAUAUAUUUACAUGAUUUUAUUGCUUCUUAUGCGGGAUGAAACUACAAAUAUAAAUGUUUAUUGUAAGUAUAUAAAAUAAUUAUUGUACAUAUUACUAUCAAGAAUUACUAUUCAUAUUGUAUGUAUACUUAAAAUGGCACAUUGCGACAAAGUAAUGCAAAAGAGAUUAGAAGGAUUAUUUAUUUAUGCAUAUUUUGUACCGCCCCUUUUUGAUAAAAGAGCAAUAUAAUGGAUUUAGCGGAUGCAUGCUAUUAAUAUACAAAUUUUAUUAUUAUUGUUUCUUUCUGUUUUAAAUAUAAAAUAAUUUGGGAUUUAAAAUGUUUUAUGUAAAACAUUCAGAAAAAUACUAGGUAUAGGAGAGACAAAGGAAAUUGGCAUUAGAAAAAAUCAAUUUUGAGCAUAAAAUGUUAUAAAACAUUAUGAAUGUAAAAAAAAACAUAAUUUGUUCAGGAGUUUUAUUUUAAAAUUCUCCAUAUUUUUGCUCAUUUAUUUUUUUCUCCAACAUUGAGUUGCAAUUGUACAUUACAAUAACACACCCCUUGCGAUAAAAUGCAUAAAAUAUUGUGUGAUGUCAAAGAUAAUGGAAAUGAUUUCAUUUGUGUCUCAUGGACGGAGUUUCUACAUUUUAAAAUAGACGACUAACUAGGGCUUGUUAAACUUUUUUUUCAUAUGAAAAAAAAAUGAUAAUCCUAAAGGGAUGGCAAACUAGCUUGCACUGGGAACUUAAUAAUAAUAGGAUGCUAGGAAAGGGUGAAAAAAUACAUUUUCUGACUGAGGCGGGAUACAACAUACAAAAUACUUGGUGUUGGCCACGAAGUGGAACACCAACUAAUAAGAGGAAAUUCAGAAGGCCACAUGCAU